AUGUCUGCGUACGAGGCUGGCCAAAGUGGGACGCGCCACAUGAGAGACGCCUGUAUAAGUUUGCUAGGGAUCAGGCAAGACGGAAGAGAUAUGUUAUUAAACAGCAGUUGGCUGAAUAUAGAAUUGAAGGAGGCCUCCCCGCGUUCUUCUCUCGGUUCCUAUCGUAUUCGAACGGAAGUUGUGAUGCAGGCAAGAUGGACUUCCAUUAAAUCUAAGCUGUUGCCUCAACCAUAUUGUCAAUCUCGCGAGACCUCCGAAGCUGCUCGCUAUACUGCUGUACCUGAGGAUGCUCUGCGCCAUCUAUGA